ACAAUGGUUGACAAGCAAAAGCAAGCAAUCUCGUACAAGCAUUUCUUUUGUCUUUAUUUAUAUUUUAAACACCAAAAUACCAACUUAAUCUUAAAAGAAAACUCAUCCUAAGAUGACGAUAGAGAAGAGUUUAUAAGCUAUAAUUGAAUGAGACAGGAGGACAAACUAGCUAUGAUACAAAGGGGCUUUACCAACAAAGACAGUCAACGUAGUCUUACCAUAGAAUKCAAGUCGCUUCGAGACCUUGUUCACAAGCUGAGACAAGAGAUUUUGAUGUGUAAUAGUGAGACUCAAAAGGUCAAGGAUCAACUGCAAUGCCUUAUAUACCUGGUGCGAAGAGCGUGGUCUGGAGACACCAUUGCUGCUAUUCAUGUGGCAAACAUAGUUGGUGUUGCUGCUCCAAAGUUUGAAAAGAAUCUGGAAGAAAAAAAAUUUUCAGUUUCUCCAAAGUCCGGUGCUGUAAACAAUUGGGCAAGACUGUGUAUCGGCAUGYUAAACAGGAUGUACCAUGAAGAGGAACUAGAACUACGGGCGGCACAGCUCAUGUAUCUACAGGACCGUGAGGGGUACCUUGAUGAUGAACUGGCUGAUUAUAGUGAUGUCAUGCGUCACCAAAACAAUAUGGCAUUGUUACGGACCAAUACUUACCAGCUCUUACAGGAAAGAGAGGAAGAAGAAAGGAAAGAAAAAAUGGAGAGAAUAGAACAGUUGGAAAAGCAAAGAGUCGAGCUCCAGAAACAGUACCAUAGACAACAUCCACCCCAUAGUCACCUCUACCGAAGACCUUCCCGGGAUAYUGUCAAACCAGAGGUAGAAUUGAACCCUGAUGACUUGAUGUUUGUGAAGCCUGUCAGUCAUUCAAGACCAUCYAGUGGUGUACAUGUACAGAAAAAAAAUCUGGAUCUUCAGAUGAAGGAAUCAACUGACGUGCUACAUGAUUUGGAAGAGGAAGUGAGACAWGGUGGUGAUGUGGCAGUAAGAGAAAAAGUACAAAAUAAGCUGCACUAUCGUUCGCGCACUGCAGACGAGGUUACAACAAACAGGCCAAGACCAAAGACAGCUACAACUGGCAAAGUAUCAAGGCCUCUGAGCAGUGCCAAACCACGCCCAGUAUCUGCGUACUUAACGAAACCCAGGGCAGACAAGCUGCCGGCUAGCGGUCUCUUUAAAACCAGACGCCAGAUAGACUUAAUAGACAGAGACUUAAAACUAACAACGAAGACCUUACAAGAUCGUCUGGGGAUUUGCAAACAAGGAAUGGUUUAGCUUAUCA